AUGGACAUGUCGCGGUGGACCACCCGCCCCUUCUACGCGUUUGUCGUUAUUAUCAUUGCCUGUGGGAGCAUUCCGAAAGGCUAUGACGAAGGUGGAUAUAGUGCCAGCGUUCGUCUUGACUCGUUCGUGGCCGAUUUCAACCUUCUAUCCUCGAACUGGACAAACAACCCGACAGGAUUAGCGAACCGCAAGGCCAAUAUCACCUCCUUCAAUGUGCUGGGAGCGGCAUUUGGGGCGUUAAUCGCCUUGGACCUGAAUGACCGUCUGGGACGCUUACAUUCAUGGCGUUUGGCGUGUGUGAUCUGGGCUUCUGGCACAUUCAUUCAGGUGUUUUCCUCUGGGAUCUACGGGCUAUUGUUAUUUUCUAGGAUCUGGGCGGGACUCGGCGCUGGAGCCUUGACCGUUGUGACACCGUUAUAUCUGUCAGAAAUCGCACCUGCCAAGACGAGGGGUUUGGUUGUCAGCAUAUAUAUGGUGAUCCUUCUGACUGUCUUAGCUUUGGGUUUCUUCAUCAACUAUGCCGCUAGCAUACAUAUGGCUGCAACCAGUACGCAAUAUCGUCUCGUGCAGUCCAUCCCAUUGAUACCCGUAGGAAUUGCGUUCUUUGCCUCGUAUGCGCUCCCAGAAUCACCGCGCUACCUCAUCUCGAGACAUCAUCUCGAUGAAGGACGACGUGUCCUUGCUCGUCUCCGCGGCAAAGACAUCUCUGACCCCGACGUCGAGGAAGAAUGUAAUCUCAUCGACAUCCAAGUCCGCUCCAGGGCAGCCGAUCUUGCCUCCGUAUCUCACUGGACGGCCUUUAAGGAAACUCAGUUGAACCCCAAUUACCGGCAACGGUUCUGGCUUGUGAUGGCCAUGCAAACUAUUUCGCAAUGGACUGGUGGGAACGGUAUCACUUACUACAUCUCCACGAUUUUCGAGUACGCCGGCGUUACUGGAAAUGCACAAUCUCUCAUUUCCUCUGGCGCGUAUGGCAUUGUGAAACUUGUGUUCACGAUGGCCUUUACCUGGGGCUUAAUCGAUUACCUUGGCCGUCGUCGCUGUACUUUACUCGGUCUUUGCCUCCAACUCGUUGCCCACAUAUACCUCGCCAUUUACAUGGGCCUCCGCCCCGGUUCCAGCGAGAACGAGUCUGCCUCCAACGCAGCCAUUGCCUUUAUCUUCGUCUACGCGGUUGGCUGGUCCAUCGGCCUCUGCACCAUCCCCUAUCUCUAUGGGACGGAAAUAUUUCCCACCCGCAUUCGCAACGUUAGCUACGCCAUCAGCAUGUCAUUACACUGGUUUUUCCAGUUCGCUGUUGUUCGUGUCACCCCGAAUAUGUUUGUGUCUUUGAACAUCUGGGGGGCGUACCUGUUCUGGGCGAUUAUUUGCUUUCUCGGCCUAAUCAUUCUGGGCAUCUGGAUGCCAGAGACGAAGGGUGUGCCCAUUGAGCAAAUGGACCAUCUCUUCGAAGGGCCGUGGUAUCUGCGCUGGCGUGCACGGCCUAAAGAUUCAUCAUCAGCUUGA